ACCAAGUCCUUUGAAAUGGCCAGAAGAUGGCGGAUUCGAAAUACACAUAAUCAUCAACUAAGCAUCACUUAAGCCACAGCUAGCGCAGGUGGAUGUAACGGCCAAUGCUCGCAACGCAUUAUCUCCUGGAUUUUGUAUGCAAGAGGGUCAAGUAAUCAAAUCCACCGGGCCCGAUGAUACUGUGUCUACAGUAAAUGAUUGGAGACCUUGACAGCAUCACUUCACCAACUGACACCAGCUUUUUCCUCUUGCCAGCCUGCAGGCAGCUUCCCAUCCCAACAACCCCACCCCAAGCAGGAGGCAAUCCACUCGUGGGCGCUCUUUCCUGCAGGGUUGGCCAUUCCCAUCCAAAAGUAUCUGGACUCGCCGGGCAAUCAAAGGCAAGGCAGGCGCAGGCGCAGGCGCAGGCGCAGGAAGCAGCCGCCCCCACCAUGAUCUCACAAGGGUGAUGGGUACGAGUAUGGGUACCAGUAUGGGUACAGCUUAUGCACAGUUGUACCAAGUCGGAGCAUGUACGGACAGCAUUGAGACACCUGGAAGGGAAAGAGGGGGGGAGAGGGGGAGGAGGGGUAGCUAUCUUGCUCUUGCCUCAACAACGCCUCACCCACCUCUUGCUCGUCUGAACUCUCACAGCAGCGACUACUUAAUCCUCCCCUCCCGCCCUUCUCUCUUCUCUUCCUCCAUCCACUUGACAACCUCAACUUCCUCCAACAACAAAGUCAAUUGACCCCCUCCAAACUACUUCCAUCCCCUCCACAACACCACAACCCCUUCUACACAUUACCUCAUACCCACCGUCAUCAUGCCUAUCUCAAUCCCCAAGACCGAGUCUCUCCUCGACAUGUUCAGCCUCAAGGGCAAGGUCGUCGUCGUGACCGGUGCCUCCGGCCCAAGAGGUAUGGGAAUUGAAGCUGCACGAGGAUGUGCUGAGAUGGGUGCCGACCUUGCCAUCACAUACGCAUCUCGACCAGAGGGUGGACAAAAGAACGCCAAGGAGCUCGCCGAGAAGUACGGUGUCAAAGUCAAGGCCUACAAGUGCGAUGUUGGAGACUAUGCCAGCGUCGAGAAGCUCGUCAAGGAUGUGAUUGCUGAGUUUGGAAAGAUUGACGGAUUCGUCGCCAAUGCUGGUCGUACUGCCGACAGCGGCGUCCUCGAGGGAUCGGUCGAGGCCUGGAACGAGGUCAUCCAAACCGACUUGAACGGAACCUUCCACUGUGCAAAGGCUGUCGGUGCUCACUUCAAGGAGCGAGGAACUGGUUCCCUUGUUAUUACUGCCUCAAUGUCUGGACACAUUGCCAACUUCCCUCAAGAGCAGACCAGUUACAAUGUUGCAAAGGCCGGAUGUAUCCACAUGGCCCGAUCUCUGGCUAACGAGUGGCGUGACUUUGCCCGUGUCAACACCAUUUCCCCAGGUUACAUUGACACUGGUCUCAGUGACUUCGUCGCCCAGGAGACUCAGGAUUUGUGGAAGAGCAUGAUUCCAAUGGGACGAAAUGGUGAUGCCAAGGAGUUGAAGGGCGCCUACGUCUACCUCAUCAGUGACGCUUCCACCUACACCAGUAAGUUUGAUCUCAUUUCCUGUCCUUCUCGAAAACUUGCUAACAUUGCAUUCUUCCAGCCGGUGCUGAUCUCUUGAUUGACGGUGGUUACUGCGCUCGUUGAACAAUUCAUCUUGAUGUACAAUAGUUAGAAAUUUUUGGGAGUUGACGGUUGAUGAUUGACGAUGGACCACCUGGACCACAUUUGUUGUAGCUUUUAAUCAGAGCUGACCCACAUGGAGAAAAAUAAUGAAAUAUCAUUUUGCCUGCUGUUUUUUU